AUGGAGAGGAGGAUGAAGAUAUGGACGUACCAGGAGGGGGAGCCGCCGCUGGCGCACCUCGGCCCGGGCACCGACAUCUACUCCAUCGAGGGCCAGUUCCUGUACGAGAUAGAGGACCCCCGGAACCGCUUCGCCGCGCGCCGCCCCGGCGAGGCCAACGUCUUCCUGCUCCCCAUCAGCGUAUGCAACCUCGUCCACUACGUCUACCGCCUCAACACCACCGCCUACCUCGCGCCGCUGCGCCGCCUGGUCGCGGACUACGUCCGCGUGGUCGCCGAGAGGCACCCGUACUGGAACCGCUCCGGCGGCACCGACCACGUCCUCGUGUCGUGCCACGACUGGGCGCCACUAGUCUCGGAGGGGAACCGGCAGCUCUACGGCAACGCGAUCCGGGUUCUGUGCAACGCCAACACCUCCGAGGGCUUCACGCCCAGGAAGGACGCGACGCUGCCGGAGGUGAACCUCGCCGACGGCGUCCUCCGCAGGCCGACGUUCGGCCUGCCGCCCGAGAACCGGACCACACUCGCCUUCUUCGCCGGUGGGAUGCACGGCGACAUACGCAGAAACCUCCUGCAGCACUGGGUCGGCAGAGACCCGGACAUGCACGUCCACGAGUACCUCCACGCCGGGCAGGACUACCAUGCGCUCAUGACCAGGGCGCGGUUCUGCCUCUGCCCCAGCGGCUUCGAGGUGGCGAGCCCGAGGGUGGUGGAGUCCGUCUUCGCCGGCUGCGUGCCGGUGAUCAUCUCGGAGGGGUACCCGCUGCCCUUCAGCGACGUGCUGGACUGGAGCAAGAUGUCGGUGACGGUGCCGGCGGCUAGGAUACCGGAGCUGAAGGCCAUCCUGCGGGGCGUGUCAGAGAGGAGGUACCGUGUGCUGCGUGCCAGGGUGCUGCAGGCGCAGCGGCACUUCGUGCUCCACCGGCCGGCGAGGCGGUUCGACAUGAUUCACAUGGUGCUGCACUCCAUCUGGCUCAGGAGGCUCAACGUCAGGCUACCGUACUGA